AUGCAAGACCAUAUGGCGUUGUGGCCGUCAACCAUGUCCAAAGACAUAAAUGGGCACGUUGUCGUCACAGAUGGAAUGCCAUUGCGUCGGGGCAGCCUUGCGCCGCGGGUGGGGGGAGGGGGGCAGGCAACACAGCCUGCGCCGCCGCCACUCCGCACAGAUAGUGCCUCGAGCGCGCAUGUGCAAUACACACAGCACGUGAUAAAAAGACUUUUAAGUGAUUCAUGA